AUGCGCAAUGCCAACCAUGUCUCCGAGUCCAACUCUCAGCUCAAGGAGAAGAACACGGCCCUCGAAGAGGCCAAGAAGCAGCUCGAACAGGACGAGGAAGCUCUGACGCAAAUGUACGAAAAGUGGAUUGAGGACGACAGCGAGGAUCUCAAGAUUACCAAGGAUCAGAUCCGCGAAAUUCAGGAUAAGAUCACCGCCGUCAAGUCGUCCCAGGCCAACCACGAGAAUGCUCUGGCUGAGAAGGAGAUUAUUUUGGCCAACAAAGAGGAUGUCCUCAGUGAUCUGCACCUGCAACUGCGUGAAAAGAACAGCCUGAUCAAGGCCAUGAAGCGGCAGCUAAUGAGCCUGAACCACACCCUGCCUGAGAUUGUCCAGGAGAUGCCCGACGAUGAUGAUUGGAGCUGUGCGUUUGCAAAAACCUGCCCGUCCAGCCCUCACGCUUUCCCAACCGCCUGA